CUCUCCCUCCUCCUCGCCGAACGCCGAACGGAAGUCUCCGAAAACGGACGGCGCUUGACGAAGAGCGGCCGGACGUCCACGAGACGGGGUCGGAGGUCGCCUCCGAACGCCGAGGCCUUCUCCGGAAGUUCCCGAACGCCCCCGAAGCUCCCGGGGAGGGCAGGCAGCAGCGCCACACAAGAUGGCGGACGGGGAGGAGGUUACUCUGGACGGGAGGCCGCUUCAGGCGUUGAGGGUCGCCGACCUGAAGGCGGCUUUGGAGCAGCGGGGCCUGCCUAAGAGCGGGCAGAAGAGCGCCUUGAUUAAGCGGCUCCGUGGGGCCCUGAUGCUCGAAAACCUACAGAAGCAUUCAACCCCCCACACCACCUUCCAACCCAAUUCCCAGAUCGGAGAGGAGAUGAGCCAAAAUAGCAUCAUCAAGCAAUACCUGGAAAAACAGCAGGAGCUGCUGAGGCAGCGUCUGGAACGGGAAGCCCGGGAGGCCGCCGAUCUAGAAAGCAAAAGUUGCGUCAUCUCGCGCAAGAGGGAAGAAUCGGACGAAGAGGAAAGCCGGAAACCAGAAGAGCAUCUUUCUCGGGUCAGGCAGGCCCGAGCAGUGAAGACCGCAGGAGGCGGCCAUGCGCUGGUGAGUGAAGAGCGGGAAACUUCCCUUCGGAGUCGGAGAGCUGCCCAGCGGGUGCCAGUAAAAGAGGAGGAAGAGGAGGAGGAGGAAGAAGAAGAGGAGGAGGAGGAAGAAGAAGAGGAGGAGGAGGAAGAGGAAGAUGCGCCCCCUUUGCUGGUCGGCCAGACGCCCAUGAGGCCAGAGGAGCCAGGCAUGCCGGCUCCCCAAGAAACGGGCAUGUUCCAAGCUUCCCUGCCCAUCGUUGUGCAAGCCCAGCAAACGGAGACUCGCUCUCAGACGCCAGACAGCCCGAGCGGCGAAGCCGCCAUGCCAGUCCUUGCGCACUUGCAGAGGUCAGAAGACGAGGAGGCUCAGCCCCGGGCGACAGACCCCGGAGAAAAGCAGCAGGCGGCUCUAACCCCAGGGAAAUCCCCCGUGGAAAAGGAUCCCCUCCCAGAUCCCCCAAAGGAGGUUGCACCCCAGUUACCCGAAGCCUUAAAAAUGGAGACCAAGGAAGACCCGGGCCUUCCGAAGGAGCCGAGGUCGACAGAAACUCCCCAAGAGGAGAAGGAGGAGGAGAUGAUGGAGCAGGGCGAGACCCCGGCGGUUGUCGUUUUGCAGAAGGAGGGCGAACCCCAGAGCGAGGGGACCCCAGAAGCGGUGGCAGCCCAGGCGCUGCGCAGCCUAGAGGAAGAAGCGUCUGCAGCCGCGGCGGCACUGGUGCAGGCCUCUCCGUCUCCCCCGCAGCUGACCGAAGCACAACAAUCCCAACAGGAUCCACGGGGGGACGAGCCGCCUCCGCCCCUCCUAACUAAGGAAGCCCCUGCGGGACUCGCUCCUGCGGAAGACGAAGCCCCUCCUCAGCUCUCUCAACCGUCUCCCCCCGCUCAGGAAGCACCGGCUGCGGUCAGCCUGGGAGCCUCACCGUCCCCCUUGGUGCUCCCGCCACACCAGUCCGUACGGCCCGGCAGCUCCCGUUCCUCUUCGUCCUCAUCCUCCAGCUCCUCCCGCUCUCGUUCCCGCUCCCCAGGCAGCUCGCCGCUCCGCUCCCGGGCUAGGAGGACCCGCUCCGCUUCCUCCGAAUCACCGCCUCGGAAGCGGCCAGCUUUGGAAUCUCGAUCCCGCUCCGGCUCGGAGCGGCGUAGCAGUUUGGGCUCCCGGUCCCGUUCCAGCAGUGGGGACAGCAGCAGCAGCAAGUCCCGCAGCCACGAAGCUUCGCGGGACAGCACCAGCUUCCCCCCCACCAAAGAGCCCUCCCAACCCGGGGCCUGCCUCCCGCCCCACAGCCCCAAAGCCCAGCACCAAGAGGGCCCAUCCAGCCCUAGGGAAGAAGGGAGACGGACCCCCUCCCCUCCUCCGAGGCAACACAGCCACACCCCACCACCACCACAGCAACCACCAGCACGCGGCACGCAGGCCGAGAGCACGUUUCCAGAACGAGGCAGCCCAGAGCCCCCUUUUCCGACGGAGGGUUCUGCCGUAGACAUCGGGGGUGCUGCCUCGGAGCCGCCGCGCCCGCUCGAGCCGCCGCGCCGCAAAAUCGAGGAGAAGCAGACGAUGCCAAUGGAGCUGUCGUCGGAGCCCCAACCAGAGAACGAGGCCCUGGAGCCCGGAGGCCCGAGGAUCAACCCUCCGCAGACCCCCGGGCCCCGAAACGGGCCCGAAGACGAGGAGAAGAAAGAGGGUUCAGCUCAGCCCAAGGCCUUCAAGAGGAAGAUCUCCGUCGUCUCAUCCUCUGUGGCCAAAGGGGCCGUCGCCACAAACAGCGACACCGAAGGAAGCCAGCCGGCGGGCCGCAAACGGCGCUGGGGCGCCAGCACUGCUACGACCCAGAAGAAACCUUCGAUAAGCAUCACCACCGAAUCCCUCAAGAGCCUGAUCCCGGAGAUUAAGCCGCCGCCAGGAGGCCAGGAAGCCGUGGUGGACCUUCAUGCCGACGACUCCCGCAUCUCUGAAGACGAAGCCGAGCGCCACUUGGAAGAGCCGGCUCACGAGAAAGCGCUCAAGAUUUGCCGUACAGUCACGCAGGUGGUCCCCGUCGAAGGGCAAGAGAAUGGCCAAGGGGAGGAAGAGGAGGAGGAGGAAGAAGAAGAGAAGGUCCACGAGGAAGAGCAGCCGGAGUCGGCACCCGUUAUCGCUGUAGAGACGGUGGUUCUGCCUCCCCCGGUAGAGCACGAAGUCAAAAAAGUCACGCUGAGCGACACGCUCACCCGGCGGUCCAUCAGCCAGCAACGUUCCGGGGUCUCCAUCACCAUCGACGAUCCCGUCCGCACGGCCCAGGUCCCCUCCCCGCCACGGGGCAAGGUCAGCUGUAUCGUUCACAUCUGCAACCUGGUGAGGCCCUUCACGCUGGGGCAACUGAAGGAGCUGCUGGGCCGCACGGGCACCCUGCUGGAGGACGCUUUUUGGAUCGACAAGAUCAAAUCGCACUGCUACGUCACAGUGAGUCUUUGGGGCUGGUUCCUCCUCCUCCAGAGAAAUUCGCUUUUCCAGAAAAAACCUGUCUCCACUGGUCCUCUCUUCACUAGACUAGCCAGCUCAGCUGAUUCGCGAGGCCCAGCGGAUUGCCGUGCCUCAGCUGUUUUACUCACUGGCGCUGCAGUAGAAGCUGUUUGGAGCGGGCUAAGUGAUGCAGCAAUGGAUUCCCGAAUAUGCCUUUGCUUUUUUGCCUGCUGGGUUUUUGUGAAUUCUACAUCAGCACCCAACAAAGAAGUAGAUGUGACUGCAGCUAUGGAGAACUAUGAAGGGCACAUAGACUCAGGAUGCGCUUCCAACGAGACAAGGAAAGUCCUAAAGAACUUGGAGACGGCCUUGCUGAAAGUCCAUUUACAGAGGGACAAUCUCAUUACUGUUCACUCUAAUAUUCAAACAUUAAUAUACACUAAAUUUGAAGGGUUAACGAUCAACAGUGAGGAUUUUUUAGAUCCUGAUGCUUCGAGACAGAGCCGGCAUUCCACGUAUUUUCCAAAAAGGUUCUUGAAGAAUAUCCAACCGACUCCGGCGAAGGAGAUAAGGCUUAUCUGUAUUUACCUGAAAGCUUCUUGCCUCUUUCAGGACACAAUGAUGGGCCUGUAA